AUGCCAAGAGCUAGAAAAGGUGCUUUGAUUCAAUGCGAUCCUUCGAUUCGCGCAAUAAUUGUCCAAAUUGACUCCGGAACGAACGAUAUUAUAUGGGAAGAGUUAGAUGACACACAUAUACUAGUAGACCCUGCUAAGGUGUCGUAUAUCAAGGAAAAAUUAAACUAUUGUUUAUCUAAGAAUAUAUAUAAUCCUCUAGAAGAAGAAGAAAACCCAUGA